GGAUCAGAAUUGCUGAAAGCACAAAUAGAGAAUCGUAAAAUAACCACUUCAUUGGCACCAACUAAAAGUUUGAGGAGUAUAUCUACUGGGAAAAAUGGGGCGAUCUAACUCUAGAUCACAUUCUUCAAGAUCAAAAUCCAGAUCUCAGUCCAGCUCUAGGUCAAGAUCCAGAUCACAUUCUAGAAAAAAGAGAUACAGUUCUAGGUCUCGGUCAAGGACGUAUUCACGAUCUCGCAGCAGGGAUCGUGUUUAUUCUAGAGAUUAUCGCAGAGAUUACAGGAAUAAUAGAGGAAUGAGACGCCCCUAUGGUUACAGAGGAAGAGGUAGAGGGUAUUAUCAAGGAGGAGGUGGUAGAUAUCAUCGUGGAGGUUAUAGGCCUGUCUGGAACCGAAGACACUCCCGAAGCCCCAGGCGAGGCCGUUCACGUUCCAGAAGUCCAAAGCGAAGGUCUGUGUCUUCCCAGAGGUCCCGGAGCAGAUCUCGUCGGUCUUACAGAUCUUCCAGGUCCCCAAGGUCCUCCUCAUCUCGUUCUUCAUCCCCAUACAGCAAAUCACCUGUCUCUUCCAAAAGACGUGGGUCUCUGGAAAAGCAGGCAAAGAAAACUGAAGGGGCUCCUUUGCAAGAUAGCCCUUUGAAAAAUAAAUCACAGGAUGAACAGAAAGAUACAUUUGAACAUGACCCAUCAGAGUCUCUUGACGAUUUUAACAAAUCCUCAGCAGCUUCUGGCGACAUUUGGCCUGGCCUUUCAGCAUAUGAUAACAGUCCAAGGUCACCCCAUAGUCCUUCUAUUGCCACCCCACCUAGUCAGAGUUCAUCUUGCUCCGAUGCCCCUUUGCUUAGCACAGUCCACUCAGCAAAGGACACACCUCAACAUUCCCAUUCCAUUCAGCAUAGCCCUGAGAGGUCUGGCUCUGGUUCUGUUGGAAAUGGUUCUAGCCGUUACAGUCCUUCUCAGAAUAGCCCAUUGCAUCACAUCCCUUCGAGGAGAAGCCCUGCAAAGACAAUCCCAUCACAGAGCGCUCCCCGUGAGGAGGCUCGAGCACGUUCAUUUUAUCCUGAGGCUGGUGAACAGGAAACUGCAAAAGGUGGAAAGUUUCUGAAAAGGUACACAGAUGAAGAGUCUAGAGUAUACCUGCUUGAUAGGGGUAAUACCAGGGAGAAGGAGGCCCAGAAGGAGAGAGGAUCAGAAAAAGGGAGAACAGAGGGAGAAAGGGAAUGGGAGGAUCAGGAAGCUUUAGAUUAUUUCGUUGAUAAAGAGACCGGGAAAGAAAAGUUUAAUGACUCUGAAGGGGAGGACACAGAGGAGACAGAGGAUUAUAGACAGUUCAGAAAAUCUGUCCUGGCAGAUCAGGGUAAAAAUUUUCCUACUGCAUCUCACCGGAAUGCUGAGGAGGAAGGAGCCAAAUACAAAUCUAAAAUAUCAAUGAAGGGCAAUAGAGAGAGCGAUGGAUCUAGAGAAGAGAAAAGUUAUAAGCCUAAAGAGACUGGCUAUGUAGUGGAAAGGCCUAGUGCAACAAAAGAUAAGCACAAGGAAGACGACAAAAGUUCUGAGAGACUAAUGGUGAAGAAAGAAACUCAGUCACCUGAGCAGGUAAAGUCUGAAAAGCUCAAAGAACUCUUUGAUUACAGUCCCCCUCUACACAAGAAUCUGGAUGCGAGGGAAAAAUCCACCUUCAGAGAGGAGAGCCCACUUAGGAUCAAAAUGAUAGCCAGUGACUCCCAUCGUCCUGAAGUUAAACUCAAAAUGGCACCAGUACCUCUUGAUGAUUCCAAUAGACCUGCAUCCUUGACUAAAGACAGGCUGCUUGCUAGCACACUUGUCCAUUCCGUCAAGAAGGAGCAAGAGUUCCGAUCCAUCUUUGACCACAUUAAGUUGCCACAGGCCAGCAAAAGCACGUCAGAGUCAUUUAUUCAGCACAUAGUGUCCUUGGUUCAUCAUGUCAAAGAGCAAUACUUCAAGUCAGCUGGAAUGACCCUAAAUGAGAGGUUCACUGCAUAUCAAAAAGCUACUGAAGAACACUGCACCCGGCAAAAGAGCCCAGAAAUACAUAGGAGGAUUGACAUCUCUCCAAGUGCCCUGAGGAAGCAUACCCGUUUAGCAGGUGAAGAGAGAGGCUUUAAAGAAGAAGGUCAAAAAGGAGAUAAAAAGCUAAGGUGUGAUUCUGCUGAUCUUCGACACGACAUUGACCGCCGUAGAAAAGAGCGAAGUAAAGAACGAGGAGACUCAAAGGGUUCCAGGGAAUCCAGUGGGUCAAGAAAGCAGGAGAAAACUCCAAAAGAUUACAAGGAUUACAAAUCUUACAAAGAUGACAGUAAACAAAAAAGAGAGCAAGACCGUUCUCGAUCCUCCCCAUCUUCUUCUCCAUCUUCUUCCUCAUCCAGUUCUCGAGAAGAAAAGGAUAGCAAGAAAGAAAGAGAUGAAGAGUUCAAAACCCACCAUGAGCAGAAAGAAUAUUCCAGUUUUGCAGGAGUCAACAGGCCAAGAGGAACCUUUUUUCGAAUUAGGGGCAGAGGAAGAGCCAGAGGAGUUUUUGCUGGAACAAAUACUGGUCCCAGCAAUUCAAAUACUACUUUUCAAAAGAGACCGAAAGAAGAGGAAUGGGAUCCUGAAUAUACCCCAAAAAGCAAGAAGUACUUCUUGCAUGAUGACAGAGAUGAUGGUGUAGAUUAUUGGGCCAAAAGAGGAAGAGGCCGUGGUACUUUCCAGCGUGGCAGAGGGCGUUUUAACUUCAAAAAGUCAGGUAGCAGUCCGAAGUGGACACACGACAAAUACCAAGGGGAUGGGAUUGUGGAAGAUGAAGAAGAAACAAUGGAGAACAAUGAAGAAAAGGACAGGCGUAAAGAAGAAAAGGAAUAACCCUGGAAAAAAGUACUAGCUGAAAAAGCAGCCCUUGCACCACCCACACAGCAUUUUUAAUAUGUUUUUUGUUGUCAAAUGAAUGUAAGCAUUUUACUUAAAUUUUACUGUUGGAAAGUAGUUUAGAGGGAUUGUUUUUGUUUUAAGCCUUUAGAAAUCUUGAUAUAGUAAACUAUGUUAAUGAUCGUACAGGUAGAAAGUAAAAUAUUUGUAACAACUUUUAAGAAAUUUUACUGUUUGUUAUAUGCAGUGUAAUUCUGCUUUGUCCAAAUAUAUGGUCAAGUACAACUCUAAAAGUUUUGAUUCUCCCCUAUGUCUGUGUUUUAUUCUGAAGUAAACUUACAGCUCUGCACACCUGAAAUCUUGGAGGAUCAUUUAUUUUAUAAACAGACUACUAAAUCUGUGUUGCUGUUUUGUUAGAAAUGUUUUUGAGCUGUGACUGGACAGUUUUAUUCAUGUGUGAGCAGUUAUGCAUAAUAUUAUCUCCUACUUCAACUAGUUCACAAGGAUCACAUUUACACAGUGUGAUGAAAUGAUAAAGUUAAACCAGGAUUAUCAUUCUGUCAUGCCAGAGCAGCUUGAAUUCUGUCUUUGAGAGCAAAAUAUCCCUCUAGCCUGAGGAAUACGUAUGUAUAUAAAUACUCAAGUGAGAUUCAAGUGUAUUAUUUUUCCUUCUGCAAUGUGAGUUUUUGAAACUUAUUUCCGAGCUACCGUGGCUGAAAACCUCCAACAGAUCUGAAAACUGGAGCUCUCCCCCCUAUUUGUACAGAUACUGCAAAACAACCUAAGAGCAGCUUAUUUCCUGUAACUUAUGUCUAGAACAGAUCAGUCAUGUGAAUAUGAAUACCUAGUGAUUUACACUGUCACUAAAAGACUUUUCCAUUUGUAAAGUGCUUAAGAUUUUAUAAUGAAAUGGUGUUAUCGCAGCCAUCAGGGGUUAUAGUUUCAGCUAUCUGAUAGCUCAGUCACCAGUAGAAUGCUUUAGUCAAGAAAUUUGUGGUAGAAUUAAGCCAGCUUCCUUUUGUAUCAGUUCUUGUUCCAGUUUAUGAACUUAACUUUUUAAUUUCUUUAUAAGGACUUUUCAGGGAAAUAUUAUCUGGCAGGAGUAAGUUUUCUACCACAUUUAUAGCCUUAAAUGAAAUUUGGAAAAAAAACAGAGAAAAACAAAGCAAGAUAUUUCAGAAACUGAAUCACUAAAAUAUCCUGAAUAUACUAAACAUUUCUAUAAAGUUUGAAUUCCAUCACAGUGCUCUGAAAUUACGUUCCUCUAGUAUUCCACUUUAUACAAUGUGUGAAUCUGAAGUUUUAACUUGAGAGUAAAAGUUAAGCUGGCAAUAAGUGUGGGAAAUGACUCUGUCUUCUCUUCCACAGUAAUUUAUUAUUAAUUGUGCUUCUAAUAUGUUUGUAGCAAAAGUUAGUCUACAGUUGAAAAACAAAAACCCACAAAAUUUACUGGUAGGUGCACUUUUAACAUCCAGAAUGCUAAGGAUGACAG